AUGCCGGCUUCGGGGAUUUGGGAUACGUUGGGCAGGUUGGUGCUGCUUCCGUUGCUCGUGCCGGGUGCUUUAGUGUUCGUUUUGACGCCCGGUAUCGUCUUCGCGCACCCACAGCCAUGUCAGAUCCUGAAACAGAUUGGGCACACGGUGCGAGUCGGAGCCGUGCAUCUUCAGCCCCGCGUCGUGACACACAGCUCCCUCAGGAGGAAAGGAAUCGAGUGGGAUUGGGACGCUGACAGAGAAACUGCUUGGGAAGAACUGGAGUCGGUCAUGAGAAAAAGUGUACAGGGUGCGAGAGCUGGUAGGACUAAGGGCUCUCCAACAAAAAGCGCAAAAAGUAAAAACGUGCACAAACAAGUAGAGAGCGCGUUUCUACCCAGGGACUCUCUAUUCCUGGCCGCAGAGACUCUAAAUCGAUUCCCGAACCUGUUACCCUACAACCUGUCACUGGAGAUUGUCAUGGCUGUGGAAAUAGGACUCGGUGAGCUGCCGGCUUUCUCUUUCUACUCUUCACCUCCACCUGUGAGCUCCGACCCGAUGUCGUUCUUACAGAGCGUGUGUCACACCGUCGUGGUUCAAGGCGUUUCAGCCAUCAUGGCGUUUCCUGAGAACAGAGACGAGUUCGUCAAGUUGGAGUUCGUGUCCUCUUCACUGCACAUUCCGGUCAUCAGCGUCGUUCAAUACGAGUUCAGGCGUCAGAGUCGGAACUCGCUCCAUUUCCAGAUGGCCAUGCAGAAUCCUCAGACUCCUCAGGCGGAUUUAAUCUACUCUCUUCUUUCCAUUAAUAAUUGGUAUGAUGUGAGCCUACUGAUGUGCCAGGAGCUGAAUAUUUCCCAGUUUGUCUUCCUGCUUCGCAACAACUCCAGAUUUCACCUGGGCUCCAUAGUCAACAUUUCUACCAACAGCAGCAACAAAAGUGACUUUCAGACGUCUCUGCAGGGUCACAUGAGCUCCAUUAAGGACAUAAUGUCCACCAUUGUGACUUUCGGAUGUGAUAUACGGGACAUUAAAAGGAUCUUUAUAACCAUAACAAAGCUUGGUUUAGUGCUACCAGACCUGCACUGGAUUAUAGGGGACUCACAGAACGUGGAAUUGUUAAUGACCGAGGGGCUGCCGAUGGGCUUAAUGGCACAUGGGCGAAUGAGGCAGCCUGCUCUGGACCACUACGUCCAGGAUUCUUUGGAGUUUAUUGCUAGGGCUGUUGGAUCAGCUGCCUCUGUAUCUCCAGAGCUGGCCCUUCUCCCUGGCAUUACAAACUGCAUGAUGGUUGAGGAUAAAAAUCGCACCUCAGGAAAAUAUCUGUCCAGGUUCAUGGCCAACACAUCAUUUGAUGGGCUAAGUGGCUAUAUUCAUGUUCAGGAUGGAUCUAUCAUUCUUUCCGAAAGCCAUCACUUUAUUUGGAAUCUGCAGCAUGAUCCAUUAGGGAAUCCUGCAUGGACACGACUUGGUAGCUGGAAGCAGGGUAAAGUGGUACUGGACUAUGGAGUUUGGCCUAGCAAGAAACGUUCACACCCAGGCGGCGAUUGGAGGCAUUCAUCCAGGUUGCACUUGCGGGUUGUGACACUUGUAGAGCACCCCUUUGUAUUCACACGAGACGUGGAUGACGAUGGUCAUUGCCCAGCAGGGCAGCUGUGCCUUGACCCACUCACCAACGACACAGCACUUCUUGAUGCCCUCUUCCAUGAUCUGCAGUCUGGCAACAGCACAGUGCCCACUGAACACAAGAAGUGCUGCUAUGGCUAUUGUAUAGACCUGCUGGAGAAGCUGGCUGAGGAUGUGGGUUUUGACUUUGACCUCUAUAUUGUAGGAGAUGGAAAGUAUGGUGCCUACAAGAACGGCCGCUGGACAGGUUUGGUGGGUGACCUGUUGAGUGGAGCGGCGCAAUUAGCUGUUACUUCAUUUAGCAUCAAUUCAGCUCGCAGUCAGGUUAUUGACUUCACCAGCCCCUUCUUCUCUACCAGCCUGGGCAUCCUGGUGAGGACCAGAGACACGGCGGCACCCAUCGGAGCCUUCAUGUGGCCCUUACACUGGAGCAUGUGGCUUGGCAUCUUUGUAUCGCUUCAUGUUACUGCUGUAUUCCUUACUCUGUAUGAGUGGAAGAGUCCAUUUGGGAUGACACCUAAAGGCCGAAACAGGGACAAGGUUUUCUCCUUCUCUUCAGCACUCAAUGUUUGCUAUGCCAUCUUAUUUGGCAGGACAGCUGCUAUCAAGCCACCCAAGUGCUGGACAGGCCGCUUUCUAAUGAACCUCUGGGCUAUAUUCUGUCUGUUUUGUCUCUCAACAUACACAGCCAAUCUGGCUGCUGUGAUGGUUGGGGAAAAGACAUAUGAGCAGCUUUCAGGUAUACAUGACCCCAAGCUCCAUCAUCCAUCCCAGGGUUUCCGAUUCGGGACUGUGCGGGAGAGCAGUGCUGAGGAUUAUGUGAAAAAAAGCUUUCCAGAAAUGCAUGAAUACAUGAGGCGAUAUAAUGUUCCUACAACCCCUGAUGGAAUAGACCACCUUAAGGAUGAUCCUCAAAAACUGGAUGCUUUCAUUAUGGACAAAGCCCUUUUAGACUAUGAAGUGUCCAUUGAUGCUGAUUGUAAAACUCUCACAGUGGGAAAACCUUUUGCAAUUGAAGGCUAUGGAAUUGGUCUCAAACAAAAUUCACCUCUGACUUCAAAUAUCUCAGAGCUGGUUAGCCAGUACAAGUCAGACGGAUUUAUGGACAUGCUGCAUGAUAAGUGGUACAAAGUUGUGCCCUGUGGGAAAAGAAGUUUUGCAGUGACAGAGACUUUACAGAUGGGGAUUAAACAUUUCUCAGGGUUAUUUGUAAUGCUGUGCAUAGGAGUCGCUUUGUCUCUCCUCACCACUAUUGCUGAACACGUUGUCCAUCGUUGGGUGAUCCCCAAGAUGCUGAACAAGCCACAGUACUGGCUUCAUACAAGUCAAAGAUUGCAUCGAGCACUUAACCCGACCUUCAGCGAGGAUAAAUUAUCAACUGUUGCAAAAACGGAAAAAAGGUGCAACAUCGGAAACAACCAGCAAAAUCUCUGGGACGUCUGCGAAAACUCAGUCUGCCCUCGUCAUUGCCUCUCCGACCAAGAGGAGCAACAGAACAACUUGGAAUGUUUACAGUGUAAAGCGCUCCCUUCACCUCCACCUUCUGUUCCUCCUCCUCCUCCUGCUCCUCAGAUGAAGAGACAGCUUCCUCUGCAGUCGAAUGGGAAAACAGACCUGCUGGGCCUGGCACACAGCCCCAUAGUGCAGGAGCUGACUGACCUGGAGACCCACAUUCAGAUCAUCAAACAGCAGCUUCAGCUGGCCAUGAAGAAGAAAAAGGAGCUGGAACAGUACCAGAGAACCAACAUGGCACCUGAGUCCUAG